GGUUCCCUCCCUUUUAACGACAGAUCCGUGCCUUUUAUUCAUUUGAUGGUUUGCUUUCCCGUGUCUCCUCCAUUUCUCUCAUCCAUUCCCAUGCCUCCACUUCUCAUGGAUUCCUCCUCCCUCUCCGACACCUUCAAUUCACCUUCCCCCUAUCACCUUCUCUUCACAUCGCUUUCUCUCAUUCCCCUCUCUCACUUUCUCUCUGCCUUCCUCCUCCUCCUCCUCCUCUUCCUCUACCACUUCUUCGAGAUUCAUUUUCUUCACGACUUCUUUCGUGCAUUCAGAGGCGACCGCGUUUCCAUCUCUGCAUCCGACCCCGACUUCUACCAAUCCGUUGUUUCCAAGUGCCGGAUUCUUCACGGCAGGUUUUCCUCAACUCCCUGGCUUUGUAGUCCUCAUUUGCAGACUAUUUUCCUCAGCAUUGUUGGGAGGUCUCCUCCUGUUUCUUAUAAAAGACAGUUAUUUCGUGUACCCGAUGGAGGAACAAUAGCUUUGGAUUGGCUAAGGAGUUCUGAUGUUGAAUGUGAUGGCUUUGGCGUGAAUGUUACCACUCCUGACUAUGAGAAAACACCAACUGUUAUACUAAUUCCUGGACUAACCAGUGACUCAUCUGCAGCUUACAUUAAGCAUUUGGCAUUCAGGAUUGCAAAACGUGGAUGGAAUGUUGUUGUGAGCAAUCAUCGUGGUCUUGGCGGCAUAUCACUAACUUCCGAACGUGUCUAUAAUGCUGCAUGGACAGAGGAUAUAAGGAGAGUGGUUGACCAUAUUCAUAGUCAACAUCCAGAAGCCCCACUGUUUGUUGUUGGAACUAGUAUCGGCGCCAAUGUUCUGGUAAAAUACCUUGGAGAGGAAGGUGCCAAUGUCCCUAUUUCCGGUGCUGCCGCGGUUUGCUCGCCUUGGGAUCUUUUGAUAUGUGACAGGUUCAUUAAUCGCAGGCUUGUUCAGAGUUUUUAUAAUAAAGCUUUGGCUAAUGGCUUACAAGAUUUUGCAUUAUUGCAUCAAUCCAACUUGUCUCGACUUACGGAGUGGGAGUCCAUUAAGAAGUCACGCUCGGUUCGUGAUUUUGACAACUAUGCCACACGCAUCCUUGCAAAUUUUGAGACCGUGGAUGCAUAUUACAGGCACGCCACUAGUUCUAACUAUGUGGGAAAUGUAGGAGUACCACUUCUGUGUAUCAGUGCUUUGGAUGAUCCGUUGUGCACAAAAGAAGCCAUUCCAUGGGACGAGUGUAGGGCAAAUAGGAAUGUCGUUCUAGCAACAACACCACAUGGAGGACAUCUAGCCUUCUAUGAAGGGAUAACUGCUAACACCCUGUGGUGGGCGAGAGCUGUCGAUGAAUUCCUUGGCGUCCUGCAUUCCAGCCCAUACAUUGGCAUAAUAAAGGAGAAGCAAAAGACAACAGCUCCUACUCCAAGCUUUUCCAUCGAUCAGGGUCCUUACGUGAGCGUUUUGGAAGAUGGAAUGGUGACUGCCGUAGGAGAUGAGCAAACAGAUGAUACUAUGCAAGAGCAAGAUGCGCCAAACCAGGAAACAGCCAAUGUUACUACAAACGACGAAGUCAUUUUGGACAAAGCAGAGGCUGAUGAACAUGUUACAAAGAACGAUCAACCAGAACGCUACGAAGAAAAGGAUCCAAAUCCAACCCAGGCCACAACUCUUGUAAGGAGAUGCACAGAUUGUCUUGCACGCCGGAGCAGUAAAUCAUUUUGGCUGCUCGCAUACAUUGCAAUUGUCACAACAUGGCCAAUGGUGCGCCCAGCUCUCUCAUUACUCUUUAAGAAGAGAUAUAGAAAUCCGGCUCCUGGAGGUCCACGUAUAAGAUAGGAAUCGUUGUUUGCAAGCAUUAAAAAUAUAUUAAAGUUACCAUUCAAUUGAAAUCAAAUGGAGAACAGGAUAGAAUUACAUGUACUGUAGUUUAUUUAUUAGGAAGAAAUAAGAUGCCUGAAAACUAGGCCUAUAACUUAUUGUUUGUCCAACUUUAUCAUACACUGUGUACUAUUAUUAUUAGGAAGAAAUAAAAUCAAUUUCUGUUUA